AUGGUCUGUAAGAAGUUUAAAGACAAUAUGAUGAAGUUUCAUUAUAAUCCAAUUCCACUAAACAAAAAAAAUAUAAAUUAUUUUCUAAAUAUAGAAACACUUCAUUUGUGGUCUAGAGAAGAUGAAAACUUUGGAAAUGUUAUUAAAGAUCCUGAUACUUUUGGUCUAACACACGUUUUCAAAUCUUUAUUUUGUAAAAAGAAACUAUUCAGAGUAGUUGUGUGGUUUAAUAUCGACUGUCAAACAGUUUCCAUGAACAACAAAAAUUUUGUAUUCAAAAACGUGACAUUUACUGAAAAUGAUUUAGAACUGUUUGGUGAAAUACCAAAGUCAAUUAAUAUCACAUCCAUUGGAGAUUACUGUUAUCGUGGGGCAACCAAUUUAACUACUUUUCACAUACCAAGUGGUGUAACAUCAAUAGAAGAUUAUUGUUUUACAGGGUGUUGUAAUUUGAAACAAGUAAUUAUUCCAAACACAGUUCAAGUGAUUAAAAAAGGUUGUUUUGAUAUGUGUUCAAGUUUAACCAAAAUCGUUUUACCUCAAAACAUUACAACACUUCCCGAGUGUUGUUUCAAUCAAUGUAGCUCUUUAACAAGUUUUGAAAUACCAAGUCAAGUGAUUUCCAUUGAAAGUAUGUGUUUUGAAAAUUGCACCAAUUUAAGAGAAGUGUCACUACCAGAAAGUGUCACUAAAAUUGGCGAUCGCUGUUUCAAUCGAUGUUUCAAAUUGAACGAAAUUGUAAUACCACACUUUGUUAAAGAAGUUGGUGGAAUGUGUUUUGACGCGUGCACUUCUUUGAGGAAAAUAACAACACCUCCUCUGUUUAAAAUCUUCAAAUAUAUGGACGAUUCUGAAAGAGUUACUGGGUAUGGAGUUAUAUGUGGAGUCGAUGUAUUGUUUCAAAUUGAUCUUCCUUCGACUGUCAAAAUAAUCAAUAACAUAAAAUUUAAUUGCAGCUCAGAAUUAAUUGGUAUAAAAGUGCCAGAACAUAUCACCGCACUUCAUUAUUGUUGUUUCUGUUGUUGCAAUAAAUUAUUAACGGGUAUAACAAUACCAUCGAGUGUAAAGUCGAUUGGCAGCAGCUGUUUUGCUACCUGUACAAGAUUGGAAGACGUUGUUAUACCAGAAAGUAUCACGUCAAUUGGAAUGAGUUGUUUUAGUUGUUGUAAUAUUAGUUCUAUCAAUUUGCCAUUAAAUAUUACAACCCUUGAAAAUUACUGUUUCAAAUAUUGUUGUAAGUUGAGCGACAUUACCAUUCCGCAAAAUGUGGUGUCUAUUGGAGAAAACUGUUUUGAAGGAUGUGAAAAUUUAAGUCACAUUGAAAUACCAAAAAGUGUUUCUGAAAUAGGAACAAGUUGUUUUUACAGAUGUUAUAAAUUGGACUUUAAUGAUAUUCCUGUUCAAUUAAGAUCUGAAAAAAUAUUUACUUCUAACUACAUCGAAAUAGUUGACGGAAAAAAAGGUAAACUUUAUUUUACCUAUUCCGGUAUAAAGUAUAAAAUUAUACCUUUUUACCAAAAAAUACUAAAAAAUAAAAAUAAAAAGAUCGUAAAAAUGAUUUUAAAAAAACAAAAAUUUAAUAAUUAUAAAAAAACAAAAAAAAAUAAAUCGGCAUUAUUAAUUAAUUAA